UUCUUCUUCUUCUUCCACUGCCAUGAAAGGUCUUCCUCUCUUUCUCCUCACCCUUGUUCUCAUCCCUCUUCUAAACCCAAUUUCAGCCAUCGAUUUCGUCUUCAACGGCUUCGAUGGCUCUCCCUCUUCCUCCUCGCGUCUCUCUCUUUUCGGGAACGCUACAAUCGAAUCCCGAAUCCUUACCUUGACCAACCAAACAACGCUUUCGAUUGGUAGAGCUUUAUACAGCAGAAUCAUCCGUACAAAAGACCCAUUAACUUCCUCUGUUCUACCUUUCUCUACUUCCUUCAUCUUCACCAUGGCUCCUUACAAAAACACGCUUCCUGGCCACGGAAUCGUCUUCCUCUUCACACCUUCCACUGGAAUCAACGGGACUAGCUCAGCUCAGCACUUGGGUCUCUUUAAUUUGACCAAUAACGGUGACCCUAGCAAUCACGUCUUCGGAGUUGAGUUCGAUGUCUUUGCUAAUCAAGAAUUCGAUGACAUCGACGCUAAUCAUGUCGGAAUCGAUGUUAAUUCGCUUAAUUCGAUUGAUUCCAACACAUCUGGGUUUUGGUCGGAGGAGGAGGAUGGUGUGUUGUUUAAGCCCUUGAAGCUCAACGAUGGAAGAAAUUAUCAGGUUUGGAUCGAUUACAGAGAUUCCGUAGUCAAUGUCACUAUACAGGUCGCUGGUAAGACUCGACCUAAGAUUCCUCUGCUUAGUAAGUCUCUGAAUCUCUCUGGAGUCUUGGAGGACGAGAUGUUCGUUGGUUUCACAGCAGCUACAGGGAGAUUGGUUCAGAGUCACAAGAUCUUAGCUUGGAGUUUCAGUAACACGAAUUUCUCGUUGAGUGAUAGCUUGAUCACAACUGGUUUGCCUUCGUUUGUUCUAGCAAAGGAAUCAGUCGUUAGAAAGAAAUGGUUUGCUUUUGUAUUGGCGUUGGUCUGUUUCCUGGUCGUUGCUUCGGUUUGUUUGGUUUCGUUUGUUGUGGUGAGAAAGAGACUGGAGAGGUUGAGGAAGAGAGCGUUGAUGGAGGAUUGGGAAAUGGAGUAUUGGCCUCACAGGAUUUCGUAUGAGGAGAUUGAAUCAGGGACCAAAGGAUUUGAUGAGAAGAAUGUGAUAGGGAUUGGUGGGAAUGGGAAAGUGUAUAAAGGUUUGUUACAAGGAGGAGCUGUAGAAGUCGCGGUGAAGCGGAUUUCGCAGGAGAGUAGCGAUGGUAUGAGAGAGUUUGUAGCUGAGAUCUCGAGUCUUGGGAGGUUAAAGCAUCGUAACCUAGUUUCUUUAAGAGGUUGGUGCAAGAAGGAGAUUGGUAGUUUCAUGUUGAUCUAUGAUUACAUGGAGAAUGGAAGUUUAGACCGUUGGAUUUUCGAGGGAGACGAGAAGAAACCUACGCUAAGCUGCGAAGAGAGGAUCCGGAUUUUGAAAGGUGUGGCUUGGGGAGUGUUGUAUUUGCAUGAAGGAUGGGAAUCUAAGGUUUUACAUAGAGACAUUAAAGCAAGCAAUGUGUUGCUUGACAAAGAUAUGAUCCCAAGGCUGAGUGAUUUUGGGCUAGCUCGGGUACAUGGGCAUGAUCAAGCGGUUAGGACCACGAGGGUGGUUGGUACGGCUGGUUAUUUGGCUCCUGAAGUGGUUAAGACGGGUCGUGCAUCGACGCAAACAGAUGUGUUUGCUUACGGGAUACUAGUUCUUGAAGUGAUGUGUGGGAGGAGACCGAUUGAAGAAGGGAAGAAACCGUUGAUGGAUUGGGUUUGGGGACUAAUGGAGAAAGGUGAGGUUAUGAGAGGACUCGAUCCUCGGAUGAUGGUUUCACAAGCUGUUGUUGAGGAGGCUGAGAGGGUUUUGCAGCUUGGUUUGCUUUGCGCACAUCCUGAUCCGAGUAAGAGACCGUCGAUGAGACAAGUGGUUCAAGUGUUUGAAGGUGAGAAAGGUGAGAUCUUUGAAGCGGAGAGUAGCGAAGAUGUCGAGUCUUGGAUGCUGAAGAAGAUGGGAUCUCAAGGAACCUCACGAGAGUUUUGGUAUGGAAGCUCGUCGCAUCCGACAAUAGAGCAGCUGAGACUUCAGUCUUUGUCUGUGUCUCUCUCGUCUUGGAAUAGCUCUAUUUUAGAAGGUAGGUGAAUUGAUGAAUAAAUGGCUUAAAGAGACGUCAUGAAUGUAGUUAUUUUGGUGCUCCUUUACUUUGUUUCUUGUUGUGUACAUGUAUUACGGUUUUUGUAAACGCAUGACAUUAUACAUGUAUUAAUUUAUUUA